GAGCUCACGAGUUCACCGUGGAGCAGUGUUUCGGGGACGGUCUCCACUGGGCUGGGUGUAUGAUCAUCUCCCUACUGGGUCAACAGAGACGCUUUGACAUCCUGGACUUCAGCUAUCACCUGCUGAAGGUGCAGAAACACGAUGGAAAGGAUGAGAUCAUCAAGAGUGUGCCUCUUAAAAAGAUGGUGGACAGAAUCCACAAGUUCCAGGUUCUCAACGAUGAGAUCUACGCCAUUCUGAACAAGUACCUGAAGUCAGGCGAUGGGGAAAAUAUGCCUGUGGAGCAUGUCCGGUGUUUCCAGCCUCCUAUCCACCAAUCCCUGGCCAGCAACUGAGAUUAUUGGAUGAUGAACCUGUCAGUGUUUAACUAAACACAAAGGAUGCAUCUCAACUGUUUUAUAUAACUGCACUACAUAGUGAGUAGGGUGCCUUUUUGGACACAUUUAUCAAAUAUUCUUCCACKUUUUAAAGCAGCAGUGGCCCAUGAGACGAAGAGGGUCCAACUUUCCUUACAUACUGUUUGUUAGGAUGAUUARUGUGCCUUAAAAUCAAUCGCUGUGUUUCAUACAUCUAGAACACUGUAUAGACCAGGGAAUGACUCGAUUUAUUUCAGGGGUUUUGGGAUAUCGUUGUUGAACAGUAGCCUGUAUUCAAUGAAUGGGACAGAGUAGAGUAUAUUUGGUGUUAAACAUUUUCAUGCUAAAAACCUGAAAUCUGUAAAAGGAACCAAGUUUCUUAAUGAUAAAGCAUUUAUCCACUUUGUGUUGGAAUUAUUUUAAUCAUUUUUUCAUUCAAUAAAUAUGUAACAAAUA